AUUUCAGUAAACGGCUGAAGACAACAUUGGUGAGUUUUGAGAAACAAUUGUAAAACGUGUUUCAAAACUGCCACUCUCAUGAAAAAGUAGCAUUAUUGGAUAAACAAUAAAUCCACUCAAAAAACAAUCUCAAAAGAAAUGGAAGGAGAAAAGACGAUUCAGUUUAUGUGUAUAGGAAUUGUAUUCAUCUACGAGUGCUUAAAAUGUAUAAAGUAUAAGAAUGAGUCACUUUGAUAGAUAAAUCAAAAAAAGAAAACAGACGCGAUGCACCUGAUUAAAUGCUCCUAUUGGGUGCUCUUAGCAUUUCUGUCGAUUUCAGAAAUUAUUGCUCUCCGAUUAAAAACAAUGCGCAUCCCAACGUACAAGUUUCGCAGUGAGUCAGCGCUGCUCGAGUGUCAGUAUGAGCUGGACGGUCAACGAAAAGGACAUGGAUCAAAAGAGACCAGCAACCGGCGUCAUCACGGCUAUCCAAGCGAUCACUUAAACGAGUCAGUUGAAGAAGAGGAAAAGUUGUAUUCCAUCAAAUGGUACAAAGACAACGAAGAGUUCUACCGCUACGUGCCAUCGGCUGCUCAGCCGAUCAAGAGCUACAAAAUCGAGGGUAUUCGGGUUGACCCAAACCACUCCGAUGGAACUAAGGUGCUUCUGAAGGGUCUUACGCUUAAAUCGUCCGGUGUCUAUCGCUGUGAGAUCUCGGCCGAAGCGCCCAGCUUCGACUCGGUACAAGGUGAAGGUCGAAUGGAUGUGAUUUACGUCCCUAAAGAUGGACCGCACAUAAGCGAUGGUGAACGGAAGAGCUACCAGAUCGGCGAAACGAUGGAUCUGAACUGCACUUCUGGUCGUUCCUACCCAGCCUCCACACUACAAUGGUACCUCAAUGAUGUUCUGGUGACAGAUCCGAAUAACAUCAUCCACUACCCACCGGUGCAUAAUCAGCAUGGACUAAUCACUACAUUCCUGGGGCUCACCAUGGUUGUCAAUCAUCGGCAUUACAUCGAAGGUACAAUGCGCAUUAAGUGCGUAGCAAGUUUGUCACCAGUGCUUUGGAGAGGCGGACAGGAGAGCAUCGUCCAAUGGGAGCAACCUGCCAUAGAUAAUCGAAUCGCCAUGCUUCUAGUUAACAGCAGAGCAUCUACGCAACAAAGUCAUCUGUUGAUAACAUUCUUAUUCUCUCAUAUGUUAUAUGUACUUUGACAACUACAUGUUUGGGUACGACAUUAUAAUUCUGGUGAGUCGGUAAAAGAAAAGAUUAACAAUGCAAAUGGGUGAAAAUUUGAGUUAGAUAUUAAUCUUUGGCAAUUGGAAAUCAAGAGUUAACAUUCACACUAAUAAUUGUGUUAGUAAAACGGAAUAAUAAAAUAUUUUACAUUGCUUUUAACUAUUUCGCUGUUCAUUGCUUUUUAAUCAAUAUUGUGGAUUGGAAUUACUGGCAAUAAUACUAGCCUGAUAAUCGGACUUUAAACAAUCAUUCAAAAAGGGUUUGUCGAUUGUUGUUAAAUUUGGCUGUAGUGUGGCAACAAGCGUAUUAACCUAGA